GCAAUGCAGGGAAGGGCUAAUGCUCAGCACGAAGCGAGACCUGUUCCUGGGGCGCCAUUCUUUUUGUCAUAUCCUGUGCCUGGACUUGUGUAGGUGACCAGGGCACAAUACAUACCUUCGCUGAAUGAAACACAUAAAGAUCCUAGGAACGCAAUGCUUGAGAGUACCCACCGAAAACUUGGUUACCUUGCCACCCAGGAAUAAAUGUUCAUUUCAGCUCCUGAGCAGAGCCAAACAUCUGGAAGGAGAAGGAAAACGCAGACGCAGACGAGACCGUUAUCAGAUAGUGGCUAUCUGCACAAGAGAGGUUCUUUCAUUUCAUUCACUUGGGAGUUUCCUUUAGGGCUGGCCCCUCGUUGCUCUUACAAAUGCUCCUGGAUCUAUACUGAGAGGAGCCUUGUCUCCCUCCCUUUGUGAAGCCAACUGCCUGUGAGUUUGUAACCAUUACAGCUGUUGAUGAUGAAACAAUAAAGAAGAACCUCCUCUAAGUCAAAAAGUGCAGCUAGAGAUAAGAUUCAUUUUCAAUGCCCCUGCAGCUGCGUCUGAUGGCAUGGCCACCGCACUUCUCAGCAAGUGGGGAUCCAAGGCUGAUUCAUCGCAAAGGUCAGACACAUUCAGCAUCUGCCCUGUGCCUGACACUGUGCUAGGUGCUGGGGCUGCAGCUGAAUGCACCGAUAGGAUGGACCUAGUCCCGGAUUUCUGCUCUUGAGCACGCUCAUUGGAAACAAGAGGAUCCCCAGAGGCAGAUUCAUCAGAAAACUCAGCCUCUCCACAGCUCAAAGUACCAGAAGUUUAUUGCAGGAUGUGAUUAUCAUGGCACCUGCAUUACUGAUUCUCUUGGGGGCUACAGUGAUACUGAGAGCAGACUCACUUUCUGAUAAAAAAUCUUUACUUCUCCCACCUACCAACUUCACUAUCAAAGUUACUGGCCUUUCCCAAGUUCUUUUGCGUUGGGAAUCAAAUCCUGAUCAAGAGCCAGUGAAUAUAGAGCUAGGCUAUCAUGUGAGAAUAAAUGCUCCACAAGAGGAAGACUAUGAAACCAGGAACACUGAAAGCAAACGUGUAACCGUUCUUCAUAAAGGCUUUUCAGCAAGUGUGCAGACGGUCCCUUGGAACGGCCAGCCCCUCCCACCAAGCCGCUGGGUUUCUGCUGAACUUAAAGCCCCACCUGGGUCUCCUGGAACCUCGAUUGUGAAUUUAACAUGUACCACAAACACCACAGUGAAUAAUCAUACUCCCUUAAGGCCAUACCAAGUUUCUCUUCACUGCUCCUGGCUAGCUGGCAAGGAUGCCCCUGAGGAUACACAGUAUUUUCUCUACUAUAGGUAUGGCUCCUGGACCGAAGAAUGCCAGGAGUACAGGAGAGACACCCUGAACAGAAAUACUGCAUGCUGGUUUCCAAAGACUUUUAUCAGCAGCAGAGGGAGUGAGGCACUCGCAGUGCAUGCUAAUGGCUCAAGCAAGCAUGCUCCAAUCAAACCUUUUGAUCAGCUGUUUGCUCUUCAUGCAAUCGAUCGCAUUAAUCCUCCAGUGAAUGUCACAGCAGAGAUUGAAGGAACCUGUCUUUCAAUUCAGUGGGAAAAACCAGUUUCUGCCUUUCCAAUUCACUGCUUUGAAUAUGAAGUGAAAAUUUACAACACAAGGAAAAAUUAUUUCCAGACAGAAAAACUGAUGACGAAUGCAUUCAUCUCAAUAAUUGAUGAUAUUUCUAAGUAUUCCGUUCAAGUGAGAGCCACCGUGAGUUCUAUGUGCAGACAGAUGGGGUUUUGGAGUGAGUGGAGUCAACCUAUAUACGUGGGAAGUGAUGACCAGAAGCCCUCCACAGAAUGGUUUCUUAUCGUGCUUAUGGCGGCCAUCUGCUUCAUCUUGCUAAUUUUCUCCUUCAUCUGUAAAACAGGUCACUUAUGGACCAGGUUGUUUCCACCAGUUCCGGCACCAAAAAGUAGUAUUCAAGAUUUCUUUGUCAUCGUCAGCUCUGAGAAAACUGUUUCCACUGAAACAGAAAUUGAAGUCAUAAGUUAUGUGGAAGACCCUGGAUUUGAGACCCUGGAAGAUUCUGUGUUUUGAUUGGCACUGCAGCAUUCUCGAAAUGAGCUCACACUCACAUGCCUCAGCGAUAAGAAGAACGGGAACUGUUGUUUCUUGGCUAAGAGGAGUUCAGAAUUUACUGAACACUCAAUUUAGCUGCAAGGCAAUGCACUCAGACAAAUCUUUUAAAAGUG